CAUGAAAUAUAUGAAAUUAACAUGUGUGUGUGUGUGUGUGUAUAACACAUAUGCAAGUAGUUUCUCCUUUUUACCUGCAGUGAGAACCUGCUACGCCUACAAACACACACAUACAUAAAUAUAUACGGGCACACAUAUAGAUGUAACAUACACACAUACACAACUGCUAUAACUAAUGUCAAGAUUUAUCAUUUGUCCUCGUGAUUAAAUGCACAACGCCCUGUGUGUAAAGUUCACACCUUAUCUCAAUAUACAACGUGGACAAGUCUGGUAAUCUCAUUAUAAAUAAGAGUAAACUGAACGGGGUUUCUGUAUAUUUCAUCGCACUUCUCGAAGCACGCUGAGCAUCCAAUAUAUUCUUGCGAGACAAUCUCUUCAGAUUCCAACAGAAAACCCAAUUAUUUAUACAGACUGAUUUUAUUCAAAAGACAUGGCGAAUAUCAGACAGAAAAUUUUGAAUGGUGACAUUGAAGGAGUGGAAAGACUCGUAAAAAUGGAUCCAACAAUAAUUAAUAAACCUAUUGAUGGAGAUGGAACAACUCCUUUAAUGGUGGCCUGUGGAAUGGGCGCCGAUAGAAGAAUCACCGAAAUAUUGUUAGAAGCUGGUGCGGAGUUAGGAACAAAAGACAUAUUUGGUCGUACAGCUUUGCAUUGGGCUGUGAUUUGUGAUCAACCUCAUGCUGUGGAGAUCUUACUAUCUCGGGGUUGUGACGUUAAUCCUCAAGAUGUAAAUGGUCAAACACCGCUGCACUUCGCCUGUUCGUCCGGACACUUGCACAUUGUCGAGCUGUUGUUGGGUCACAAUGGCAUCGAUGCCAAUGUGGUAGACAACGAUGGAGACACACCACUGCAUGUGGCAGUUCAGGAGCAAAGCUAUGAAUUGGUGUGUCUAUUGCUGAAGCAGGGUUCACUUCAGUUGGAUAUUAAGAAUAAAAAGGAAAGGACACCAUUGCUUGAAGCCGUUUCCCGGGGUCACCUCGGAAUGACACACAAGCUAAUAGCACUGGGUGCAGACAUAAAUGCUGUUGAUGGUGAAGGUAACAGCUGUUUGCACCUGGCCGUGGAAAGAGAAGUGUUUGAUUCCGAGGAUGCACCCUUGGAUUUACUAAACGAAUGCUGCACUCCCUUAACCUGAAGAGGAUGAAAUGCUCUCUGGGUAGUAGUUUCGGGAUAUCUCGCCAGCCAGGGAGCGGACUUUCACCAUAAAAACAACA